AUUUCAUCUCACGUUGCCAAUACACUUAACCAGCCCAUGACCUACUAACACAGAUCAUGAGUCAGUAGCCACCUUGAGAGGAAAAAGCCAAGGGAGGAGAGCCAGGUACUUCGCAACUUGUAGGAUUUUCAUCGACACCUCUUUCUUUAUUAGCUGAUGGCAAACCCGAACUUCUUCUCUGUGCUUGAUACGCGGAGGAAAACCAGACCAACCAUCCAACCAGGUGCUAGAAAAGGGCCACGUGUUACCAUUCCAGCUGUCUGUAGUCCUUUGUUCUAUCUCCUCUGGAUGUAUGGGAGCUUGGAAGCCCAAACUGCCUUUUUUUAAGCAGCACCUAGGAGUAGGGAUCACUUUAAAAUAUUUCCUCAACUCAAGCGGAUUAAUCCAAUGUGGCAGUUACUAUUGCUGCAUUCAAGCAUGAUGGUUCACAGUUAAAGACCUGUCAACUUAUUGACAGUAGCCAACAGUGAUAAUAUGCAAUCCAUCAAGCAAGAGGUGGACUCCAGUGAGUCCUACAGUGGAGAGGAUGCCCUGGUCCUGGCUGUGGCUUUACAGGGGGCUAACAGAGAUGUGAUAGGCCAAAAAAUCCCUGGUAUUCCUUUCAAAGCAAAAAGUACCUGUCGCAGGAAAAGAGAGUUUAUCCCAGAGGAGAAAAAAGAUACGGUUUACUGGGAGAGGCGUCGCAAAAACAACGAGGCGGCCAAGCGCUCCAGGGAGAAGCGGCGGAUAAACGACAUGGUGCUCGAGAACAAGCUGAUGGCCCUCGGGGAGGAAAACGCCUCCCUCAAGGCCGAGCUGCUGUCGCUGAAGCUGAGGUUUGGCCUGGUGAGCUUGACAGCAUAUACCCAGGAAGUGCAGAAUUUAUCCAGCUCUACCGCCAUCGACCUCUACCAGGAGUUUGUUCCACCCAGCGCCAGUCAAAGUUCGUCCGGCAGGGUUUCGGAGCCUCUUCGCUUGCGCAGCACCUGCAUAUCAGUCAUCAAGCAUUCCCCCCACAAGCUCGAGACAUGCACUGCGGCUCAGGGCAGCUUUGAUAUCUGCAGGCCUGCAGAGGUCAAGCAGGAACCCGCCGAGAAUGGCGGCUAUGCACAAGAGCGUAGUAGUCCCUACGAACUCUACAGAAACUACAUGGCCAGCCCUUUGUCUGGAGUCUACUCCCAGCCUGCCUCCUUCCUGCAGCUCACCAGGUCAUCCAGUGACUCCCCCAGGAGCUCAGACGACGGCGCUGUGAGCAAAUCCUCAGAUGGCGAGGACGAGCAGCAGGUCCCCAAAGGGUUGAUGCCGUCUGCAGCUGACCCAAGAAGUGUCAUUGUCUCAACACACAAAGUGCCAGAUGCCAGUUCUUCGGCAUUGCCCCAUAAACUGCGUAUCAAAGCCAGAACCAUCCCGAUUAAAGUGGAGGCCAUGGACCCUGAAUAUGAGUCUUCUGGAAGGUCCUCCUCUCCCGUCAGGAUUUCCAAGGGGGGAUGCUACAGGAGCACUCAGGAGUCUUCAGAGUGCACCCAGUUGUCCCCGUGCCCUUUGUCAUUACAGGUCACCAACAUGCAGGACUGGAGCCAGCCAUCUGAGCAGUGUCAUAAAAGCAGCACAGAGACCCCGCAGAAGGGCUGCCAGAGUAGCAGACUAACCACAAGCCCUGUCUCAAACAAAAGCGGUGUGGAUGUAAAAGAACGUUCCUAUGUGCACUCGCAUGCUGAGGACUUGUAUCUAAGACCAAGCCCUGCAUGCCUAUCUGCAAAAGUGGCCUCUCUGAAAAGACUGAUCCCAGCACAGCAAGAAUCUGUGAUAGAGUCAACCAAAAGCCCCACUCAUCAUCAUGAGUCAUUACCACAAGGAUGGUCCUCUGCAUGACCUCUGUGUUUUGUUUUUUUGCAUUUCCACUGUAUUUGCUGUUGCAUUGUGUGGUUCAUAUUGGAGUUAAACAAUGUUUCAGUUAUCGUAACUUUUCAAAUAGAAGGUGUUCAAAUAAUAGCUGUUGGAGCACGAGCAAAGGCUGUUUGCUAGUAUAGGCUGAUUUAAAAAACAUUGAGAAGGCGUGGAAUUACCUGUAGUGUAGUUCACAAGGUAAAUUCAUUAAAGGUGCUCUAAGCAAUGUCACGAAAGCCACAGCUGUAAUCCCAUCAGUACGUGUCAUUCUCACCACUCUGCUCCUUAGAGUAUCUCAUCUCUAACACAAAUACUGUUUUCAUUCACUGUUUAAUUCCAUUGGCUCAUACUUCAGCUUUUCUUCAACCACUUUCAACAUAGGGGCAAUGAAAUUUAACACUUCCUGCAAUUGUUUAUAUUAAAAGCCUUGAAAAAAAGACAUUUCGGCCCUCCGACCUUCUGCACCUCACCACAACCCUUGAUGUGCGUUACUGUUCUAUAUUAUAUUGAAAGCCUACCAGGAAAAGUCAGGAUUAGGCCCUGUAAGGAGAAACUUAACACUCCCUGCGAUUAUUUUGACUGAUAUUGCGAUUGUGCUAUGAUUCACGAUAUUGAAGGGAAUGAUCAUUUUUGUAUCCUUAUUCUCAUUUUCAUUGAAAAAUAUUAAAAUUUCAAAAUAUAAAAUGAUCAUAGUGUGAUUGAUGCGAGGAUCUGUACCAAACAGAUUCUCUCUUCAUUCUGUAGGAAGGGAUUUGUAGGCUGGGACGUCACUAAAUUUAGAAUGCUUUGACACAUAUUUUGCCUUAAACAAAUCUUGCACACCCCUGGAUAUUGCACUAGUCCAUAUUGUGAUUUUGAUAAAAUUGUGAUUAAUUGUGCAGGCCUAAGUGCUUUUAACAGUAGCUUAUUCAGGGAUAGAAAAACAAAAGUUCAAAGCUAAAGCGACUGGAAUUAAUUGGUGAUUGAAAACAGUAAACCAGCAGAGUGGUGAGUAUGACAGGACUCUCUUUCUGCUUAGGUAAGUGAUGAAUUGUACAUUAUACUGAAUUUAAACAAAGAAUUUCUGGGCACUGUUGGAGAAUUUACAGUAAAUUGUUAAUUGAUGAUGUGUGAUAGACAUUAAUGUGUAGGAUAUUAAUAUGUGUGAAGCUUUUAUUUUUAUUUUACCAAAUGAUUCAUAACUGCUGUCCCACCUACUUUCACUGAACACUGUUGCUCUGGUGUUUGUGGAGCAGGAAAAGGCCCCCGUUAUUAACAUCAUCACAUGUUUUCGGCUGGGGGCAGUGUGAUAAAUGUUGCCAAAGGUUUGGACGUUAUUUGCUUUAAAGCUGAAAUCUGUUUUUAACUGAUGUAGUAAUGCUAUUUUGUGUGUUGGUGUGGUGACAGGUUUCCAGUCCAUACGUCUGCUUUAAAGGGAAUGUUCUGUGGUGCUUUAUUUUAUGGGUUUGUCAUUUCUAAAGAAGACAUUUCCUGGAAGGAAUGAUGUCAUUUGGUACUUAUUAUGGGGGGAUAAAGAUGUUUAAUUGGUACUCUUCCAAUUAUAAUUCAAUUAAACUGCUGAUGGAACCUAGACUUUAGUCAGUGAACAGCAGGUCAGCUGAACAUGUACAAAUAUGGAAUUUGUCUACGGCAAACAAACUUUUUCUUGAAUUUAAAUGGAGCAUUUUUUUAAGGACACACUAUUUUCCCUAUAAUUAUUAUCUAAUGACAUAGUUCUUUUCAGGGAACUAAGAACCGGGACCAUAAAAUACAGCAUUUCUGUUCUCUUUUGUCUUUUUUAAAAUGCUGAAAGUUCCAGAUUUUUGGCUUUAACCUAAGUUCAGCAUAACUUUUAAAUAGGCUCUGGUGCACGGGUUCACUCUUUGCCAAAUAACCAUCGCUUCUUUUUUGUUUUUUUGGUGGAAUUUUGUUGAUUAUUCAAACGUUCCGGUCUGCUGGUUAUACUGUACUGAGACUGUGCGUGACACUGACUGGAGAAUUGUGAUUACCAUCUGAUGGAGCUGACACCACUAGAUCUGAAUGGUUUUAUAAAGCUCAGAUACAUUCUAUCCUCAGGUGUUUGCAACUUCUAGAAAAGUAACAUUUGUAUAUCAAGAGUCUCCAGACAUUCAGGCUACAUUUCCAUUGCUACAUUUUGGUUUUAAAAAAUGAAUAUCUUCUGCUACGUUUCCCCCUCUCAUUCCCCCUGCUCUGGCGUUUCCCCCUCUCAUUCCCCUGCUCUGGGG